AUGGCGACUUCUGAAUCCUUGACGGACACCCUUCAACUCUUAGUGUGGACACAUUCGUUCUUGCUGGCCGGAGUGUGUCUCGUGCUAUACGAGUACAUCGUCACUCUGUCCCAGGAAGUCUCUGCGAUGUGGCAAGGCAAAUUGACGAGCGCCACGUUGAUAUUCUUUCUGAACCGAUAUACGACGUUGGCGUGGGGCAUCUUUGGCACUCUGCUUCUGUUUAACUCAAUUAAACAGUCGGCCUCAAGCUAUACCCAUUUGAUCUUCUUCUGGGGCUCAUUGAAUAUGAUCUGGCAAGGUAUCUGGGCAGCUUUCAGUGCUCUGCGCGUCUAUGCCGUCAGCGACCGUAACUACCUGUUGGCGCUGUUGGCGCUCCUCCUCGGGCUUGUCCCUGUUGGCACCAACGCGUACACGUAUGCAAUGAGCUCCCCGGGACAUGCGACCCUACACACCACCAAAACGCUUGCUGUUCCGGGAAACGAGGUACCCUCCGCGGUUGCGAACAAGUUGGUGAUCAUAACGCACGUCAGCCUGAUUUCGUGCGACAUACUCGUGCUCGCCGUCACAUGGGCAAGCAUGCUGCGGCUCCGCCGCGCUACCGGCAAUGCGGGCGAGCGUGUCGCGCCACUCCUGACGCUCCUCGGACGCGACGUGCAUAAGCCCGUGGCAAUUGAGAUGAUUUAA